AUGCCUGGUUUCGCGGAUUCAUUUUGGACACCGGACUAUGCUACCGGUCUUGGGGUGCUGUAUGGGAAACUCCAACAGGGUGUCACUGAAAACAGGCAGAUUCUCACUAUUGCGAGCUUGCGAGCGGAUGCGGAGGAGCAGUAUGGUCUCAAGCUAGGGGAGAUCGCGCCCAGCGUUGACCGCAUGACAGCAGGGUUUGCGAAAGACGAUGGGGCCAGCGUGAGAAAGGCGUAUGAAGGUGUUCGCUCGGAAAUGAUAGAGGCCUCCAAAAACCAUCAAAAGAUUGCAUCGAAUAUCCGUGAACUCGUUGUUUCCCCCUUCAGACGAUGGUGUGACCAGCACGAGGCUCGAAUUCAGAACUCCCAUGACGAUCUUCAGGCCCGGAUUAAGGAGCAUACAAAGCAGGUGGAACUUACCAAGAAGCUACGGAGCCACUACUUUAACAAGUGUCGGGUGGUAGAGGAUCUGGAAGAAGAAAACAAGUUGGCUUUCCAGGACCCUGAGACCAGUCCCAAGGUCAAGGCGACACCCAAGAUUGUUCUGCCGGAAGAACAAGCAGAGGAGGAGGAGCCGAUUGAGCUGGGAGAUCGAGUCUACGCCCCCGAGGACCUCAAGAAGCUCCUGACACACAUGCUUGAUAAUAUCAAGAUUGGGGAGGUCAAAGUGCCUAUCAUUGGAACUUAUCAGAAUACAUCCAACGGUGCUGAUAUCGUGGAGUAUAUUCAAAAGUACAUGAACGGAACCAGCAUCAGCUAUGCGGAGAGAAUCGGUCAGGACCUUGUUGAUAAUGGAUUUCUGCGCCUGGUGGGCAAUAUAGGCAGCACUUUCGCCAACAGCUCCAAGAUGAACUAUCAAUGGCGCCCAAAAGUGUUCCAGAUCACGGGAAUCCCCGAGAAAAAGAAGCCUCUGAUGCGCGUGACGUCGAUCGCGUCCAGUGAAGACGGCAGUGAAUCACCAAUUGCUUCCGUAUCAGAAAUGCUCGCGGGCUGGAAUCCUCUCAACAACCCACACCCGAAUGAGACUCCCGCUGAUAAGCUACGAAGGGAGGCACGCGAAGCCGAUGAACGGUACAGAGCCGCUGUGCGGAAACUGGAUCAGAUCAGAUGUAAGCUCGAAGAAGAAAUUGUGGAGAAUCUCCGCUUUAUGGAGCAGUGUGAGCUGGAUCGUCUCAAAGCGAUUAAGGCGGUCGUUCUCGACUUCUCAGGUGCCAUCAGCAACGUCAUUCCAAACUUGCAAAGCACCGUCGAUCACAUGAUGCUCUAUCAAGAGACAAUUCAGCCGCUGGGAGAUCUACGUUAUCUGCUGGAAAAUUAUCGUACAGGUGGUUUUGUGCCGCGGGUCCAGGCCUAUGAGAAUUAUUACGGGUCCGUUGAAGAUUCCCUUGUUUCUUCGCAAGUAUAUGAGAUUGUCAAGACUAUUUAUUCAACUACCGCUCAUGAAACGACGGAAGACGGACGAAUCAAAGUUUUGCAAAGCACCCUUGGUCAGCUUCGUCUCAACAACAUCGCAACACUUGACGCCAUCAUGACCCAUUUCACGCGACUUAUAGACCUAACAUCUGCCGAUGAGGCAUAUAUCUCCGCAUUGGCGCAAACACUGGCUCCCUGCAUCCUCCGUCCUCGUGUUGAGAACAGCCUUACGAUGAAUGAACGUCACAACUACCGUCUUAUACGUGACCUCUUCGCUCACAAGGAUGCUAUCUUCGGCGAGCUGAAACGUCAAUCGAGCGUCCUUGGAUUAGGCUCAACAUCCAAUCGCCCGCGUGCCAUUAGCACAGAUGAGAGCAACCGCCGUGCUGCAAUGGAGGCGAGGAACCGUGCUAUCGUAGACCGCAGUCGUGCCAAUAGCCCCGCUCCUCCCCGCAAGCAUCGGCGAGACCGCUCUAGUGGUGCUUCGGAGGCUGGACGGUUUCCAAUCCACGUCACCAGCCCGACCGAAAGGAAAGCAGCCACGAGGAGCAGUUUGGAAGUCCCGGCCAGCGCUGAAGCUCCCACAACAGGAGAGCAAUUCACAACCGUGAACAUCCAGGCCAACGAUAGCGCCACUAAUGGCACAUCCAGCGACUCUCCAGCCUCUGCCGUCGCCGGGGAGAAUACCUCCUCAGAAUCAUCUAGUCCUCCGCCUGCAGGUAACUCCGACGGCUCUCCGACGCCUACUCCCACGCCCGGCUAUGUGACAGCUCCGGGCGAGCCGGAAAAACGUAGCUCGAUUCCACGCUCUGGCGCUAUGUUCAACCGCAAACCCGGUCUCGGCAACCGAUCCAGCUUCCCCGCGGUUGCAAGCGCGGAAUCAGAACCGGACAGCAAGCGGAACAGCCUUGCUGAAAGCGAACCCAAAGGCGUGACCUUGGAGGAUAAGCCUAUGGAUGAUUAG